CUGAAUGGAGUUGAGGAUCAACAUGGAGGAGUCAUCGUAAACAUGAAAAAGCCUUUGGAUUCCGAAGUCUUUUCGUCUAUGUUAGACGCCUCAAUCUCAUACUGGAGACAACAGGGAAAGAAAGGAGUGUGGAUCAAGUUGCCCCUAGAAUUGUCAAAUCUCGUUGAGGCUGCUACCAAGGCGGGAUUUAGGUAUCACCAUGCAGAACCAGAUUACCUAAUGCUUGUACGUUGGAUUCCCAAUAAUACCCCUGACGUUCUUCCGGCCAAUGCUUCCCAUCGUGUUAGCAUUGGUGCUUUUGUUAUGAACUCUAAAAGAGAGGUGCUUGUGGUUCAAGAGAAAUAUGGCAGAUUCAGUGGAAUAGGACUAUGGAAGUUGCCCACUGGAGCUGUUGAUGAAGGUGAGGACAUAUGUACUGCCGCAACAAGAGAAGUCAAAGAAGAAACAGGGAUAGACACAGAUUUUGUUGAGGUUCUAGCAUUCAGGCAAGGUCACAAGUCCUUCUUCCAAAAAUCUGAUCUAUUCUUUAUUUGCAUGUUGCAACCACGUUCCUUUGACAUCCAAAAACAAGCAUCUGAAAUCGAGGCAGCUCAGUGGAUGCCGAUUGAUGAAUAUGCUGCCCAACCUCUUGUGGGAGGAAAUGAACUGGUCAAUUUGAUUACAAAAGUUUGCCUUGCAAGGUUUGGUGGGACCUACAAUGGCUUCUCUCCACAACUUACUACCUCUGCCUCUGGCAAACAGACUUUUCUCUACUUCAAUGGUCACUUUCCUUAGCUUUUUUGGAUAGUCAGUGAAACAAAUUUUUUUUUUUGUAAUUACAUAACACGCAUUAUUGUUAGUUUAUUUAAUGUGUCAGCUAGUUCAGCAAUGACUAGGCUGCUUAGCUUCUAGUAAUUUGUCAAAAAAGAAAAUAAGAUGAUGUUGCUCCCUCAAUAGUCGUUAGUAUUAACAAGGUUUUUUUUUCUUUUAAAUUUUUUCGGUUAUUUUCAU